AUGACAACGCGAAAAGUGGUACGGAGGUGUGAUUGGCGAAAAAGACAAGUAUUGCUUCGAAUCUCGUCGCACAUGCAUGGAUCGGAAUUCGUCGUGAUCUUUCUGAGCCUACUGCUUGGCAUACCGCUGGGAAUAUUACAAGAAAGGCUACAGAAAAACUCGCUUCGACGAUGGUCAAUCACUUUGACUCCAUUCGCAUUCGCAUUGAUGCUAUCACUUCGCAAUGGUAUUGUGUCGAUGGGAUGCUACUUGGCUGGACGCGAGCUUGGCGCGUCUCUAGUAGGCGUGGGGCUCACAGGAGGUAUUGGCACCGGCAAAUCGACAGUUUCAAAAGCUUUUCACGAAGCUGGAGCUGUGAUUGUGGAUGCUGAUGUGAUAGCUAGAGAAGUAGUCAAGCCUGGACAUUGUGCAUACAAAGAGAUUGUACGUCUUUUUGGUCCUCAGGUACUUAAUGAAAACGACGCGACCAUUGAUCGUGCAAAGCUAGGGGCUAUCAUUUUCAACGACCCAAGACAGCGAAAAAAACUGAACUCUGCAACGCAUAAGUAUAUUAUCUGGGAAAUGCUUAAGCAGCUCCUUUACCAACGUCUUAUAUGUCGUAAACGAUUGGUGGUCUUGGAUGCCCCAUUACUCUAUGAGACGAAGUUGCUCGAAUUCUUUUGCUAUCCCACGAUUGUCGUCACAUGCUCCGAACAAAACGAGCUUAAUCGCAUUAUGAAGCGCGAUAAUAUUACGUUGGAAGAUGCUACCAAGCGCAUUCAGUCACAAAUGAAGCUUGAUGAAAAAGUAGCGAAAGCAGAUCUCGUAAUACAAAAUGACGGCUCGCUGGCUGAUUUAUUGAUACGCACGCAAGAAACGCUCGAGCGUGUAAUAUACUUGGUCAAAGGCUCGCGCGAACUCAAAAAUAGAUAA